CAAAUGGCAGCAGUAAUAGAGCUCAUAGCAGGGAAGAGCAAAACCAAACAAGUCCCAACGGAUUCGAGCUAGAAAUAAAAAAAAAAAACCAAACAAGGUCAAGAUGUUGUGGGGACUCAGUUCGGCGUUGGAUCUGUACGAGGAGUACCUGAAGGCCUUCAAGAUCAACGAUGAUCCGCUGCCGGCGGAGGGAGAUGCGAGCGAGGGAGCGGAGGGAGCAGGUGGAGAUGGUCCGCAGACCACCGUAAGCAUCCUCAUCUGCGGCGGAGCUGAUCCGCGCCAUGUGAUCAAGACUCUGGCCAAGAGGUACACCCAUCGCACUAGACCCAAGCUCAAAAUAUAUGUGCUGGAUGGCUGCGCCGAGAUUGCAGCCAGGAAUAUGCUGCUCCUAGGCGUGGCGCUAGAGGACCCCGAAUCCUUUAGCCUGGUGUGCAAAGUGCACUUGUUCAUGGAUCUCUAUGGGAAUGCGGUAAUCCGCCCCAGCUCGCACCACUACAUGGCCGCCAAGGGACGCACUCUGCUCCAAAUGGUCACCGAUGACGAAACAAUGCAGCGCCUGGCUCCCAUGCUGAAUAUAGAAGGCCUGAAGUACAAAGAGCGAGAUGGCUUGGAAAUGUCCUUCAGUUUCUGGCAGCCGCAUCCUUGGAAUGUCUUCGAGGUGACCAAGUACUGGGAGCAGCGGUCGAGGACUUUGCUGGGCACCCGUUACGAUCACCGCAACGGAGCCUUCGACUGGGACCUGAGCAUGACCCUCAAGGAUCGGGGUGGGCAGCAGAUCUGCUCGCAGGAGUACCGCUACUGGCGAGAGUCCGGUGUGGCUUUUGUUUUUCCCGAGUAUGAGCAAUGCAAGCCGAACAAGACGCUGGCAGCUGGCCUGGUGCGAAACGGACGCACCUUCCUUCAUCGUGGCUAUGUGGGCGAUAUCCAAACAGGACCCUUCUGUGGCUUUGGGCUGCGCACCACCGAGGAGCGAAUGCAUCACUCGGUGCAUGGCGACAAUGACUACCGUGCCACUGACAUAACCGAACGCAAUCUCCUCGAACUCUUCCAUGAGCUGCAGACCCAGACCGCAUACGAACACGAUCCCACGCGCUCCCGCCGGUAUGGAUCCGUCCAGCUGCUGAUGACGCCGUUGCUCAAUCACCAGGAAGUGGAUGCUGCGGGGCAGGCAUCCUACGACAAACCGUGGAUCCCGGUUCCCGGGGUAACCGUGCACUACGUGUCGCCUUUGGAGAUGGUCCAGCUGCAGCAGGGCGCAGACCGCUGGAACAACAUGUUCGACGUCGCCUUUAUGGCCUAUAAUUAUUACUCCUUCCUGAGCAAGGACUUUUUCAAGGCUCUGCGCACGCCAGCCCUUUUCAUCCUGGAGACCAAGCUUAUGACCGUGGAGCGCAAAGAUCAUGUGCUGGAGUUCGAGACCAAGGCCAAGGAGGUAAUGAAGCAGGCCGGCCUCAAGGCGGCCAUCAACUACCAGGCCAUCAAUGCCAAGAACAUGUGGCUCAAGUACAAGAAGACUGAUACAGAUGAACCAGAAGAUGAGGAGGAAGCUGAGCCGGAAUGUGUUGAAGGCGAUGCCGAUGGGGGUCUUGCUGAAGAGUACUCUGGUCUAGUAAUCGAAGAGAUUCCGUCCGGUAAUCAGACUGUGUCUGCGAUUAAAAAGGAAAUAGAGGCAGAAGGUCCGCUCCAGCCGAAGAACACUUUCCACAGUCUGAACUAAAAUAAAUGUACAAUUUAAUGAAUACAACAA